AUGCUUUUUAUAUUCUUUCUCGUGCUACUGGCCAGUGGCCUCCCGGCCGACGAAAUUUUCCGCGUGGACUGGCAGACCGUGCAGAUAGGCACGCCGUUUACGUCUCUGUUCAAAGACGGCCGAAUUCACUCGCUUACUGAUCAAAACAUAUACUCUGUUCUGAACUCGUCGACGGGCGAAGUUUUGUACAGAUACCAAAGCGACACGCCCAUCCAACACGAUUCGGUGCUAUCUCCUGCCUGGGACGGCCUUGUUGCUUGUGGCUUCAACCAUGAAGCAGUUUCUCGCAUUGUCUUCUGGGCAAAAGAUGGUCUAAUUGAACGCGAGCUUGAUCUGGGCAGUUUGGCCGGGAUUCAUAACGUUCGCGACGAAGUGCUAUUGGCCGUGCAGAAAAACGGCUCCGUGCUGCAAAUCGACAAAGACUACGGCCAUAGUACCGUUGCGCACGUCGGACCUGUCAAUGCCAGCAAACUGGCGUUCUUUGCCGACCAACUAGUGCUGGUCACUAAGAGUUCAGCGGGAACGGCCUACAAAGUUUUGGAUGGACAGGAGGGCCGUUUGGGGUGUCAAUUUGACGAUGUUUUGGUCACAGACGAAGGAAUCGUGUGCAACAAGGACAUAUACAAGCUGGAGAGCGGAAAAUUGCAGAGAUACAAAAACUCACCGCUGGCUGCCCUUGCCGCGAAAACAGCUCGGAUAGUCAAUUCCCAGUAUUUGGUGACUGUGGGCGAAAACAUACAAAUAUACGAUCUGGACGAGCCAAGCAGACUCAUCGACUCGUACGGGCUGGAAUAUCCAGCCGACCUGAUAGAGGCCGACACGGUGGACGGCAAGGUUGCAGCUUUUGUUGUUUCUGGCAACGAUCUGCUAUUAUUUGUUGAAGGAGAGCUGGUUUGGGCCAGAGACGAGUCUUUGGCGGAAAUUGGCGACAUCGUGAUCAUCGACCGCCACGAAGAGCUUAGCGUGACAUUUGAGGAUUUUGAGCACGAAAAGCACUGGUCCGGCUAUAUUGACAGACUCAAGCACAAUUUGCAUUUGCUCUUCCAGGAGCCGCAUAAAGACACCGACAAACAUUUUGGGUUUAAUAAGACGAUUAUUGUGCUGUCUGGAAACGGCAAUCUUUACGGAUACGACAGCUACGGCCAUCUUGAAUGGAGUAUUAAGGGCCAGGGAUUUUCCCGGAUAUUCAGAUUGGAUAAUCAGGCAUACGCGGCCAAUGAAAGAUUAUACAUAGUACAGGACGGGAAGCUUUUGGAGACGGACGUCAAAGAGGAACAGAAAGCACUGUAUCCUCCAAAUCUGGACGAUUCGUACCGUCUCUUGACAACUGCUGCCAGGGGAUAUAACAACACUGAAGUGGCAUCUCCAGCCGUUGUUUUAGCAAGUCGCAGAGUCCUGUACAAGUAUCUGAACCCGCAAACCUCUGUUGGUGUGUUUUACAACGAAAACUCUGCACUUGUCAAGUUUGUGGUCUACAACAAAGCCACAAACCAGACAUAUGCGUCGUUUGAGCACUCUACAAAGAACCCUGAGUCGUUGAAAUUGGUGUUCGAGGAGAACUUUAUUAUAUUCACCACGAGCGAAAAAAACGCAGAGACCAGCAUCCUAGGCGUCAUUGAACUAUACGAGUCGCUCACUCCUGACCAAAGAUCAAAAGUCCCUGAACAUCAUGUGCGCACAUACGUUUUCCCUGCGAAAGUGGCCGCCAUGACUGUGACGCGGACAAAAUACAACAUCGCCUCCAAAUGGCUGAUCGUGGCACUCGAAUCCGGGGAGAUUGUUGCUAUUCCUCGCACACUGGCCAAUGCAAGACGGCCAAUUGACGUGAGCAAAAAGCCGUCCGAAGAGAUGCUGAUGAAGUACCAGCCCGUCUUGCCGAUCAACCCCAAACUCACGCUGUCUCAUUAUAGGAAGAUCAUUGGCACCAAGAAACUAGUUUCUGUGCCCACAGAGCUGGAGUCCACGACGCUCGUUGUUGGUGCGGGAACUGACCUGUUUGCGACGCUUGUGCGCCCAUCGAGCUCUUUUGACUCCAUGAGAGGCGACUUUAGCAAAACGACUCUCUUAGCAACGAUUGCGGUUCUCGUUGUGUCGAUACUGGUGGUGCGGCCGUUUGUCAACCAGAAACGGGUGAAAGAUGUCUGGCAAACGCGGAUCUAG